AUGAAUAGUAUGCAUAAAUUAUAUCAAUUCGAAAAUAAAGAUGAUGAUAUAUAUAUUAACUCAUUUUUUAGAAAAAAUCUUUUUAGAAAAUAUGAAUUUAAAUCCAAACAUUAUGAUAAACCCAAAUCUGACGUAAUAAAAAAUAAAAGUGGUGCGCAUUUCAAACGUGUUUCAAAUAACUCUUGGUAUGAUACAAGUGUUUAUAAUAAGGAAAAAGAUAUUUAUUUAUUGUGCAAAGAAAUGAAAAAUGAAAAUAAUUCUAUAAAUAUAUUAAGUUCAGUAGAAAAAAAUGAGGAAAUAAAAAAAAUUGUGAACACUUAUGAAAAUGUACAAAAUAAAAUGAAUACAAAAAAUAUAUAUAAUUUCAAAAUUGAUAAAUAUACGGAUAUGCAUAAUAAUAUAUUAAAAAACAAUCAGUAUAAUAGUUUAUAUAUGAAUAAGAAAGGAAAAAAUAAUAAAUUGCUAAAUAUAAAAAAUAAUAGCAACAUAAUUGAAACUAAUACAUCACGAAACAUAGAAAAUAAAAUCUACACUGAAUUAAUAGGCAAUAUAAAUGUAGACAAAAUAAAUUCUAAUAUUAAAGACAGUAAAGGGGAAGACGAAGAAAAAGAAAAUGAAUUAGAAGAAAAAAACAAAAAUAGAAAAAUAGAAAAAUAUAUUUUAAAACCAAAAAAUGUAAUAAAAAGUAAUCUCAGAUUGAAAAAAGAAAAUAUAACAAGAACCAGUAGUGCAUAUUGUGAUUAUAAUAUUGAAAAAAAUUAUUUCAAAAAACGUAGUAAAUCAAAUAUAGUUAAUUGUAAGGUUUUGAAAGGAAAAGUAAUUCAAAAGAAAUGGAUUGAAACUUUUAACUCUGAAUUUGAUAUAAAUAAUUUGGAUGAAUUAAAAAACAAAUCUAUAUUCCUUAAUAAUAAUACAAAUAAAUUUAAAAACAUUAGAUGUUUAUGUUCAAAGAAUAAAAAAGAAAAUGAUUGGGAUCAUUUAAUAAAUUCUAGUUAUAUAUAUAGCAAAUAUAAUAAUAAAAAUAAAUAUUUUAAGAGCGAAAAAAUGUUAUUUCCUAAAAUUGAAAACAUUCUUGAGAUGGAAAAUUGUAAUUUAGAACAAGGAGAGGAAAAAAAAAAAAACUUAAAAAAAAAUAAUAAAAUCUUAACUAUUGACAAUUCAAAAAAUCGAAAGAUAAGUCAAGUUUUUGAUAAUAAAUUUUAUCAAAUUAAUGAAACGGUAGACACAAACAAUGAAUAUAGCAAUAAAAAAGAGAGUUCUAAUAAUUUACUAUUCGAUAUUUCUACCCCACAAAAUGAUGAAAUAAAUUUUGAUGAUUAUAAUAAAAAAAAAAAUGAUAAACAAAUAGGAAAAGAAAGUGAAGAUCUAGAUGCAAUACAAAUUGAAUCAAAGAAAAAAAAAAAAGAAAAAGACAACAUUGAAAAAAAUGAUAUAUCAAAAAAUAAAGAAAUAUACAAUUUAAUGGGAAAAAUAGAAUUGAAUGAAAUACAUAAAAGUAUUAAAACAAAAAAUAAAUACUACUCUAAACAGAUUAAUUCUAAUCAAAUUAUAAACAGAGGUAUUUCAUAUGAAAUUGUCAAAAAAAUGGACGAAUCUCAAAUUUCUAUUCAUGAUUAUAACUUUAAUAGUAAUGAUAAAAAUAUUCAAUACCCAAAAGGAAAUAUUUCAGAUAAUAUAUCAAUCGAUUUUAAAAUAUAUAAACCAAUAUUAAUGAAUUAUCCAACUCAGAUAAUAAUAGAGAUUGGAAAUAAAGUUUUAAAAAGUGUAUAUAUAAAUGAAUACCCACAAACAUUUAAUGUUAUUAUACAAAAAAUGAAUAAAACAAAUAAUGAACAAAUAAUUAGUAAAAUACGAAAUAAAAUGAACAGUAUAAAAGAUGAAGAUUUAAUAAAAUUUGUUUAUUUAAAUGAUCAUAAAGAAAUAGGUUAUUCAUAUAUAUGUAUAAAAAAUGUGUUAAAAUUAGGAAUGGAUGGUGGAAUGUUUAUUUUAGUUUCAAAUGAAAAAAAGGAAAGUAUGAAUCAUAAACAUUUUAUGCAUUCUCAAAUUAUACCAAUUAACAAACAGGAAAUAGAUAUACUUAAACCGAAGAUAUUUAUGAACUAUAAAAUUUAUUGUCCUAAAUUAUUUAUAGACACUUUACCAAUAAAUGAAAUUAUAACAUUUAAUGAAAAAAUUAAAUAUUUAGAAGACAUGAUUAGACAACUAUAUGCUUUUAUUCAAAACUCAUAUCCAAUUAAAUAUACAAAAAAUAUAAUUAAUCCAAAAGAAAUAAAAGCAAGGAUUAUAUAUCAUAGAUCAAAAGGUUUAGAAAAAAAUGCAGAGAAUAUAAUUAAUAAAAAAAAAUAUCAAAGUUACAAAAUUGAAAAUUUAGAAAUUAGAAAAAAAAGCAAGCCCCCAAAAAUAUGUAAAAAUUAUGAUACCAUAAAUGAAUUUAAUCAAAUAUAUGAAAAAAAAAAAAUACAAAAUAAUACUUAUGAAUAUCUAACUUUUUCACAUUCGAAUGAUACACAAAAUAUUGAACAAAAAAAAAAUUAUAAUAAAAUAAAAAAUACUAAUAAUGUGUACAUUCAAAUCGAAAAAGAAUUAAAUGACACAUCUACUAAUAUAACAAAUAAACCAAAUAAUAGUACAUAUAAAACUAAUUUAAAUAAUAUAAAUGUAAAAAAUAAAGAAAACUGUUUCGAUAUAGAAGUAAUAAAAAAAAACAUGAAUACAUUACCCAAUGAUAAGAAUCAUAAAAAGAAACCUGAAAAUGAAAUUUACAAAACAAACAAAAAUAUUCAAAAUAAUAGCGAUACAACAAAAAUAAAUAUACAGAAAGAAAUAUGUUUAGAUGAAAUUAAUAAAUCUGUUACAGAUAAUAUAUAUAAUUUGAGUGAAGUAAAAACCCAGAAAUAUAAAACUAAAAAAGAACAAAAAAAUCGUAUUAUUUUAUCAUCUAAAAUAAACGAAAUUAGUAAUGAAAAUAAAAAUAAAAUUGAUGAACUAUGUAAUGUAAUAGAAAAAUUAAAAAUAGAGCUAGAAUCAAAAAAUUUGGAAAUAAGCAAACUGAAGCAUUCGAAUAAUAAUAUCAACAUUUUAUACAAAUCGUGCUAUAAAAAAAUGUAUAAUCAUGAAGAAAAAAAAAAGAAAAAAAAAGUACAAAUGUUCAAGAAUAAUAUAUUAUUGUCUAAAUUUAAUGGUAUGUAUAAUUGUGAAAUAACUCAUGAAAAUUUGGAAAAAAAUGUUUUGAUUAAUCCAAGUAUAGAAAAAAAAUGUUAUUUUGAGAAAGAAGAUGAAGAAAUAACCAAAGAACCAUACCCAAACGUUAAUAAUAUAUUUUUUUCUAACUUAAAUAUGAAGGAAAAAAAAAUAAAUUAUAAUGGACAAAAAGAAGAAUUACAAUCAAACAACCAUGACACAGAUAUAGGAAACCAAUGUAUAGACGAUGUUGUAGACACUAAUACGACUUUAAAUGAAAUAGAUGUGGGCAAAGGAGAUAAUACAAUUUCGCAUAAAAAAGCAAAACAGCAUUUAGCUAAUAUUGAGAAUAAACUAAUAGAAUUUGAAAUGUUACUAAGAAAUAAUGAACUAAUAAAACAUGAACUAAAUAAGUUUAGUGUUGAAGAUAUUGUGAAUGAUGAGAAUUCCAAAUAUGAUAAAUCUGAUGAUCAAAAUAAAGAACCCAUAAAAAAUGAGCUCCUAUUAUUAGAUGUAAAUGAUUCUAAAAAUAAUGGAAAUAAAAAUUUAGGUGAAUAUGAGGAUAUCAAUUAUAAUGAAGAAAUGCAUGAACAAUCUAUUGUUGAUAAUUUAGAUAAUGAAAAAUGUUUUACUAAUAAAGUUAAAAAAGUAAAUAAAUACGAUAACAACAUUAGAUUUAAUUUCCCUCUAAAUUUUGUUAAAAGUUGUUCACAUAAUUCUAGUCCAGAACGAAGUUAA